CUUUUGGCUAAGAGAGGCGCUGCCAGCUGCACAGCCCUGGGCAUGAACCUUCUGGGCUGCGGGGGAAAGCCCAGCUCUGGUUCCAGGAAAGGUGCCUAGAAGAACAGGACACAGAACCCCCGGGCUGCCUCAAGAGGAGGGUGGGGGAACAGGUCGGCUACAACUGAUGGGAGCUCCUGGUGUUGACAGAGAUGGAGCCUGGACGUGGAGGCCCUUCUGUGCUGCCCCUCCGGGCCGGGCCCAGGAGGCAGCAGCCUGCCCUGUGGCCCACCCUGGCCGCUCUGGCCCUGCUGAGCAGCGUCGCCGAGGGUGAGGCCUCCCUGGGCCCCGCGCCCCGCAGCCCGGUCCCCCGCGAAGGCCCCACGCCCGCUUCGGCGUCCCCCGCGGGCCCCCUGCCGGGGGGCCGCGCGGCCCGUCUAUGCGGCGGAAGAGCCCGGCGCCCGGCGCCCCCGCCGCCCCGGCCCGCGCCCCCGCCGCCAGCGCCCUCGCCCUCGCCCGCACCCUCUCGCGGGGCCCGCGCGGCGCGGGCGGGCGCCCGGGGCGGCCGAGCGAGCCGGGGAAGCCGCGCGCGGGCCGCGGGGGCGCGGGGCUGCCGCCUGCGCUCGCAGCUGGUGCCGGUGCGCGCGCUCGGCCUGGGCCACCGCUCCGACGAGCUGGUGCGGUUCCGCUUCUGCAGCGGCUCCUGCCGCCGCGCCCGCUCCCCGCACGACCUCAGCCUGGCCAACCUGCUGCACGCCGGGGCCCUGCGGCCGCCCCCGGGCUCGCGGCCCGUCAGCCAGCCCUGCUGCCGACCCACGAGCUACGAGGCCGUCUCGUUCAUGGACGUCAACAGCACCUGGAGGACCGUGGACCGCCUCUCGGCCACUGCCUGCGGCUGUCUGGGCUGAGGGCUCGCUCUGAGGGCGUGCGGACAGACCCUGACCUGUGGAUCUAACUUCCUGGGACCACUGGGGGCUCGGCCGGAGAUGGAGGCUUCGGCCGUGUGAGUGAUGGACAUCAGCCCUGCGGAGAGGGAGGCACGACUGACCGGCGGCUCCAGGGGGUCUCACCCUGCCAGCCUCAACCCGGCAGACACCAGAGACCUCAGCUGUGGAGAGUCGAGGACCCCCUGCUCACAGACUGUCACUGCCCGGGCCAGGAACCCAGGACUCCUCUAGAGAACCCAGCAGUGUGCGGUCUCAACCUCAGCCUGGGCCUGGGGGGACAGAUUUGGAGACAUGUAAUUCGUUGCCGAAGUGCCUGUGCUGGAGCGGGCCUUAGACUCUCUGGCGGGAGCUGGACCCCUAUUUAUUACUUCUAAGUUAUUUAUUUA